UCGUCAUCACGCUGGUGUUCCUCACCCUGCUGACGGUGCUGGUGGUGAUCAUCGUCUACCUGUACCGCAACAAGGGCAGCUACCUCACCUACGAGCAGCCGGCGGCAGAGCCCGACGUGGCGGUGCCCAUGGAGGAUGCUCCAUCCAAAGAGAAAGAAGAAUAUUUUAUCUAA